AUGGAAAUCAACCAGACCAGCGCUAGACCUCCCCGCCCUGCCGAUAGGGCAAAACAUGACGCUGCACCUCAGCCGAUUAUCAAGCAAGAGGAUGUUGAGGACGAGACCUACAGGCCACGGCCUCAGUUGCCACAGCCGGUAGUUCUAAUGCGCAACUUGGGAUAUCUGAUGAGUCUCAUGGAGAGCGGUGUAAUAGAUGUCGACCCAGUUUACCAGCGAGAGGUCGUUUGGACAGCUGAUCGAAUGACGGGCUUGAUCGAUUCGCUGAUGGAGAAUUACUACAUCCCACCCAUUAUCCUAAACCAGAAACCACGGCUGGACCAAGAUGCUGCAGCUCCUCAAGAAACACUUGUGUGCGUUGACGGUAAACAGCGUCUGUCUUCGGUCCUUAUGUUCAUCAAAGGCCUGAUUCCAUGUCACGACUAUCGCGGAGAGAAGUGGUGGUUCUGUGAGCCUGCUGGCAGCAAACGGAAACGCGUUCUCUCGACACGGCUACAACGGCAGUUUUACAGGAAAGAGUUCGUGUCGUUCGAGUUCGGCAACUUAUCGCCGAAACAAGAAGAGGAUCUCUUUGCUAGAGUGCAGAUGGGAGUGCAGCUGAACCUGGCUGAGAAGAUGCGUGCGUCGACAGGGCCCUGGCAAGAAAUCGCAAGUAUCUUCGUCAAAGACUUCCCGACCGUAUACUCUCUGAUGAAAGACCGGGCGCGAUCCAAGGACUUCCAGCUUACUCUAUCGUGCUUCAGCCAGAUCGUCGAAUGCAUGCACCCGACGAACGCCAACGGGGUUCCAAUACUGAAAACCAACCACACGCAUCUACCCAAGCUUCUGAGCAACAAAAGCGCCGUGGACGAUGGCCUUAAGUCACACCUUGCGAGUGUUUGGGUUACAUUUAGAGACCUCAUCGAAGCAGAUCCUAACACAUUCACAAACGGCAACAAGUACCUACGAGGCGUACAGACAUUUGCCCCUGUCGAGAUGGUUGCAGUCGCGGUCUUGAUCUCAACACACUCCGAGACACGUAACAACAGUCUACUGCUCGGCGACAUCCGAGCGAUGCGCACUGCCGUCCGUGAGAGCUUUGUCGACCUUCGGCUCAAUGCAUCUGUCUGGAAAUGGUUCUGGGAAUACAUUGAAGAGUUGGAAGGGAUUCGCGGCGCUAUAGAUGGGAGCACUAUAAAUCGGAAAACAACAAAGCUGCCUAAGACAAGCGUUACGGCAUCUACAGGAGGCUCGACUGCAGCAGCAAUCACUGCUGCCGCUGCUGCUCCAAAGAAGGGUAGAAUUACGGCCCGCACAAAACGGCCAGUUGUAACAGUAGCCGAGGAAGCACCUGUAGGUGUCAAGCAGGAACCAGGAGUGUCCGCAAUGCCUGGUGCGCGUUCAUUCAAGCGACAGCGUACCGGUGACAGCUCACUCGAACAACUGGAGGCACAUACAUUGAGCGAAUCCCCUCCAUCCACCGACAAAGCUCAAUUCCCAGCCGAUCUGCCUUUGGGGUAUAUGCGCUCAAAGCCAGAAUUGCCACCAAUGCUUACACACGCUUCAGCACAGAGCCAUCCGCCUGUGAAUCGGAGAAAGCCUGCGCGGGAGACGCCAACAUUCUCACCACCGCUAGACAUUGCACCCAUACCUGUCAUCGGCACUCAGAGUCGAUUCAGCCAAACCCUACUGCCCGCACCUACUGAAGCACGCCAGCAGCGUGUUUCCGAAUUGAACAGCUACCAAUCUUCCCACCGUUCUCCCGCUGUCUCGCAGCCUCCUGUUCCUACAGCCCCAAUGUUCAGCAGCGCUGAUGGUUUCGAUCUUCGAGGUGAAUCGGACUAUCCACAGACCCAUCAAGACUAUCUGCAACCAGGCGGUCUUAUAGGAUCUGAGGUCCCAUCAGGGCUUCCACCUCGCCCACGCUUGACCCAGCAAACUCAGAAUUUGGUUCAACAUUCAAAACAGGGAGUAGAUGAGGCAACUAUUGACCUGAACAGCGAUACGGAGCAGGAGCGACAGAGCCUGCUCUCUGCAUUCAGAAUAAAACCCAGCACUGGCGAGCUAACGGAAAGGAGCUCAGGUUCUGGAGUAAAACCAACAACUCACAAGCAAGGAUUCACUGCUAGAACGUCGUCGCAGGAUCUACCGACUAGGGAGAACAAUCCGUAUGCCAAGUUCAAGUCGCCUGGGGCAGCCCCCUAG